AUGAAAAUUACAAAUACUUUACAUUAUUGUGCUAAUCAUCUUAAAGCAGUGUCUUAUACAGAAGAAGAAAAUGAUGAUGGUUCAAUUUCAAUAACAUCAACUCAUUUUACUAAUUUAUUAUUUGUCUUUAAUAAUAUUUUAUUCUCUUUAAAAAAACAAACAAUGUUAUUACAAUAUGUUGGUCAAUUACUUAAUGCUUUUGAAGUUCCUAAAUUUGAAUGCUUUAUACUUUGA